GAAUUUUCUUAUAUAGGUCUUUCGUCUUUCUUGAAUUUUCUGAUAGAUACUCUGUCAGAUAUCCUGUAUUAUCAGUUGGCUGCUUCAUCCGUGUAUAGACUGGUUCUUAUUCUACAAGUAUGGCGCAGACCAUGUGUCGUCUAUCACAUUCACAUCGCAAGAACAUCUCUCCUCUACCACCUAUAUCAUGUAGUCGUUCAAGGGCAAUCCCCUACCUACCAACCCCUCAAACACGCCCUCCAAAGCCAAAGCGAGAGCCAAAGCAAGAGGCCCAAUUCCCCCUCCUGGCCCUCCCCCUCGAACUCCGCCAAAUCAUCUACAACUACGCCCUCGCCAUCCCCAACGACUACAACAUCGACAAACCCUUAAUAGUGGUCAACGACCGCGGCACCAACGCCUUCACGGCAAGAGGCCGCUACCGCGCCCUCUCCAUGUGUCCCAGCUGGGUCGGCGAAGAAGGCCAAGUCCGCGCCCUCCUCUCCGUCAACCGCCAGAUCCACGACGAGGUCGAAGACCUGCUCUACUCAGACCACACGCUCUUCUUCCUCAACUCGUUCAACCUCGACCGCUUAGGCGCCUUCCUCGAUACCCUGAGCGACACCGCCCGUCGACGCAUCCGCAGCGUCGGCUUCGAGGUCUGCUUCUUCGUCCAUGCCCAGACGGGCGUGCCUAAGCGUCGACUCCGCGACUAUGACCGUGCGGCUCGCAUGCUUGCGGAGAAGCUGCCCCGCUGGUCGUCCGUGCUGCUUUAUCUGGAGCCACGCUCUUAUUUUCCUUCUGCGGCUGUGGGGGGCAGGGAUCUUUCUGCGAGGGGCGUGUUGUAUCUGGCGAGGUUGUUCGCGGCGCUGGGGAUGGAUUUGCAGGUUUGUGCGCUGCCGGCUGUUCAUCGGCAUGUUAUGGAUAAUGUGCAGAUGGGGUGUUCGUUAUGAUUUUUUCUACUUCUUGUUUUUGUUUGGCUUGGUUUCUUGUCUUGUGUCGCUGUUCUGAUUCCCCUCUACCUGACCUAUACCCCCAUCUAUAUGUCUGGUUUAUAUCCCUGUUUCAUACCCUGCUUUAUACCUCCACUCCCAUUGCAAUGCCCCCCUCCACUCUGUGAAAACGUUCCCGAUGCAUCGACCUGCGUGAUGACUCCUCACUUUGAUGUCUUGGAGUGAUUGGCUGUCUACGGAUGCAGGAUGACGUUAAUGGUCAGAUAUGCCCAGAAACGUUGUGAUGCCUGCCUAUGGACGGUCCGCUAUAUUUCUGGGUGUUUUGUUUGACUGUGCGAGAAGUCCUGUUACAGGCACUUAAUACUAUAUAGUACUUCUAAUGAUAA